GCCAGCUCAGUCAAGGAGAGACAGCGUUGGUGCUUCUCCUUCCGGGGGUGAUGCCUAGCCCCGCGGGAAAACGCAGAAAAGGGCCCUUGCCGCUUUAAGUGACGCAGGAAGUAAAAGGAGGCCGCUGACGACGAGGAGCAAGUGGAACCGGGGCGGCGCGGGCCCGCAGCGGCCGCGAUCUCGGCUGGGCAACGGAGGCCGAGCUGCGCGGCGGGCGCGGGGGCCGACGGGGCGCGGGCGGCCGCGCCGGAAGUGGCGCGGGAGGGACCGGGCGCGGCGCGGCGCAGAGCCGAGAGGCCGAGUCGGGCGCCAGGUCCAGCGCUGUCGGCUGGCCCGGGCCCUCGGGUGUCAGUAGCUGCGGACGCGGCGCGGCCGUGCGGGGCGGGCGGUCGGUCACUCCCCGGGGACGAGGGCCUGCGUGAGGAGGCCCCGCGGCGAAGGCGAAGGCGGAGAGCACGCAAGCCGCUAGGCCUCGGCCGCGUCCCUGCAGCCACAUGGCCUCCGGAGUGGGCGCGGCCUGCGAGGAGCUGCCUCCCGACGGCACGUGUGACGAGUGCGAACCCGACGAGGCGCCCGGAGCGGAGGAGGUGUGCCGCGAUUGCGGUUUCUGUUACUGCCGCCGCCACGCCGACGCGCACCGCCAGAAGUUCCUCAGCCACCGCCUGACCGAGUACGUCCAUGGCGCCCAGGCCUGGGCCCCGCCAGCCCCCGGGGAGGACACGGUCCCCGAAGACGUCGAGGCCAAAGAGGAGCCCGAGGGGGAGGUAGAGAGCGAGGUGGGUGAAGAAGAGAGCGAGUCGGAGGAAGACAGCGAGUCGGAAGAGGAGAGCGAGACUGAGGAAGACAGUGAGGAUGAGAGCGACGAGGAGAGUGAAGAAGACAGCGAGGAAGAGAUGGAGGAUGAGCAGGAAAGUGAGGCGGAGGAAGACAACCAAGAAGGAGAAUCUGAGGCAGAAGGGGAAACUGAGGCAGAAAGCGAAUUUGACCCCGAAAUAGAGAUGGAAGCGGAGAGGGUGGCCAAGAGGAAGUGUCCGGACCAUGGGCUGGAUUUAAGCACCUAUUGCCAGGAAGAUAGGCAGCUCAUCUGUGUCCUGUGUCCAGUCAUUGGGGCCCACCGGGGCCACCAGCUGUCCACGCUAGAUGAAGCCUUCGAAGAACUGAGAAGCAAAGAUUCUGGCGGACUGAAGGCGGCAAUGAUAGAGUUGGUGGAAAGGUUAAAGUUCAAAAGCUCAGAUCCUAAAGUAACUCGAGACCAGAUGAAGGUAUUUAUACAGCAAGAAUUUAAGAAAGUCCAGAAAGUGAUUGCUGAUGAGGAGCAGAAGGCCCUUCAUUUAGUGGACAUCCAAGAAGCAAUGGCCACAGCUCAUGUGACUGAGAUACUGGCGGACAUCCAGUCUCACAUGGAUAGGUUGAUGACUCAGAUGGCCCAGGCCAAGGAACAACUUGAUACCUCUAAUGAAUCAGCUGAGCCAAAGGCAGAGGGUGACGAGGAAGGACCCAGUGGUGCCAGUGAAGAAGAGGACACAUGAAGACUUACCAUUCCCCAUGGAAACCACCCCUUCCCUGUGUGUAUGUGACAGCGUGUAUGUAACGGCUUCUGAUAUCUGUGAAAACUGCCCGGCAACAAACUUCUUCCACUGGAUAUGUCCCCAGAUCCACAGAAGGCACAUGUCUCCAAGGGACAAGGAGUUUUAUGCAUAGUGACUGUGUGCUUCUUGUUCUCUUGUGGCAGGUCACAGGAAGAGCCCCUUUGAUCAACUUGGAGGGCUCUUCAAACAACUCCCCAAUGGCUGCUUUGAACUUAUUCAGGAAAACCAGCUCCUGGAAUAUUGGGCAAGUCAACAAUAUCACUUCCUUAGGAAGGUUCUAGAAUAUCUUGAAAGGAAAUCAGGUUUUUCCUUACCUGCAAACAGAAAAAUCUGCUAUGUUCAUACUGAAGCUUCAAGCAAAUGUGGCCAAGCAGGGCCAAACUGACUCAUUAGGCAGUCUUUCAUAGUCCAGUUCUGCCUUUGUGAAAGGCGUUAGGGCAGCUGGGUUAAAAUAGGGUUGGAGAAAGAGUCCAGAGCUAGAAAGAAGAUAUUUUUAGUAUGUGAGGUUAUUUAGGACUUCAGAUUCAUAAUUCAGUGCUGUUCAAAUGGAAAAAAUGAUUGAAGAGGUAGAAAGGAAAUGGCCUUAAGGAGUGGGGGGAUCGGUGGUAGAGGGGGCACAAAGAAAUCUGAUUAAAAGUUGAAAUCAGUGUUUCAGAAUUCAGAUUGCCCCGAAUUUUCCAAAGUGGUCACUAAUGCAUCUGAUAAAACCUGAAUUAUUGGGUCAGGUGUGUGGAUUAAUGGGCCUGUCGCAACAUAAAAGGCUGGCAUGUAUAUUGCCAGGUGGAGGAUUGUCACCGUAAAACUUACAGUUCCACCCCUAGGUUAGCCUAAGGUGGCUUCAGUGCACUGCAGGGAGAAUCCUUGCCACUCCCUGGCUGCUAGCAAUCAUUGUAUUUAUUGUAUUUGGAAUCCCUCCUCCUGCUGGAGCAGGCCUUCAGUUCACCUCCCACAUUUGUUCUCCCCUCUUAUGUAGCAUGAGCAGGCAUGUCCCAGAGCUGGAUUUCCUGGCCUUUUGCCACUCCCAGAUCACAGUUUCUUACAACGAUACUUUUCAGAGUCAAGAAAGCAGUAGUGUGCUAUAAAUAUACACAUACACAAUUUUUCCCAAACUGAUGACGUGGAUGGCUUAGACAAUUUUAGCAUUUUGCCAUCUGUCUGCAAAGACUGGAGAAUUUAAUACACCUUGAGUUAACACUCUCUAAUAUCUUGUUCUAAAAAAAUUAUUUAAAAGGACCAAAAACCACUCUAUAAAGAAUGUGGAAUAUCAGAAGAUUGAAAGGACUUCAGAAUUUGGAAGCUUGUGUUUUCUUUCCCAAGUAAUCAUUGUAUGAUCUUUAUAUGUUGACCUUACAAUGGACAGAUCAUUGGCUCUCCACACUAAUAAUCAUGCCAUUACUUUAAAUCAGUAUUUGGGGAAUCCAAAUAAUUCGUGUAGUGGUUAUAAACAGUAAUACAAAAAUAUUUCCCAGCUUGUUGCUAUAAAUUAUCAUCUGUCUGGAAUCCUCAAGGAAAGCAUUUCCUCUUUACUUAGAAAGGGUUUCAGAUUUGCUCUAUGGGCUUCUGUUAUCUUCAGCAACUGAUAAAACUUUAACCAGGAAAGCAUUAAACACAGCACAGCAACUCCCGCCCAGAUUCCUCAGUUCCCAGUGCAGCAUUUAUUAAUGUAGGAACUAGGAUGCUUUCUGCAGUGGUACCAGCUUUGGCCUCAGAGCUAGGACGUGCUGCUUGGCUUGUGCCCCAUAGUGAUGAAGCUUCUUGCCUUCUGGGUCAGUGUGAGUUAAGAAUGUCAGAGUUGUAUGUGUCCUGACUGACUGCAGAUAGCAGGGUUUACCCCAAUCCCUAGGGAGAAAUCAUCAAGUGAUACAGGUAAUGAAUGUCUCCACAGUAAGUUGGAGACCCACAAGUUCUGGCUGCCUUCUGAAUGUUUAGUUUCUGAGUGCUUAGAGGGCUUUGUUCGUUGGUUUAAUACCACUGUAUCCAUGGCAGUUCCAAGAAGUGUUUGGCUUCUCAGCUCUGACAGCCAGGAAGAGGAAGUAACCUUAGGACAGGCUAUGAGCCAGGCACUCUGUAAAUGGACAGAGGACAAGUCAUUUGUUUGUAGUUACCAGGAAACACUGGAACCAUUUUGAACACAGCUUUUCCUGCUCUUCAGUCAGCCUCCUGCCCUACACCAUGAUUUACCUACAGAGAGAGAAAGAUGCUUUCAGUUCACCCAGUGCACUCUGCCCAUUCACAUUAUGAAUUGUUUUUUAAAGGCAUCAAGAUGCCUUUAUUCCUCUGCGUUAGUAGAUGUUGUAAGUAUUCAUUGUUAACUUGAGCUUCCUUCCAGGAGCUGGGGGAGCCUUUGCUUUUUUGGUGCCAUCUCCACAAAAGGAAAAAGUGGGGAGGAGGUGUGUUUGGCCUUCAAGAAUAUAAAGUUUUCAGACACAGUGAAGGUGACAGUAGUCUUUAACUUAAUUUAAAUACCUCCUCCUUCAUUACUAUAGAAAAGCAAAUCUUAAUGUUUUAGGAAACUCAGCUACCAUGCCUGUGCUCUGUGAGAAGGUGCCAAUUUGAAUCACUGACUUUGGAUUCCCUUCUGAGGGGUGUGUGUGUGUGUGUGUGUGUGUGUGUGUGUGUGUGUGUAAAAGAGCGUGAGAUUUGUAUACAUACACACAUACUAUGCCACUUAAUUAUUUAAGAGUUAAGUGAAACUCAAAGCAGCCCUUGGUGAUCUUAUGUACUACCAUAAAGGUUUCUUCUAGUUUGAUGCAAGUGUAAACAGAUAAUUUAAGUGUGGGUGCUGGGUUUCCAGAAUAACCCCUAGUGGUAGGGGUCAACUCUUAUAGCACUGAGCCAAGGUGACACCCUAGCCCUCUUCCACCAUGUGUAAUAACAUGGGAAAUUUAGAUGCCUUGUCAACAUUUUGGUGACUUGGAUCAUUUUGGUCACUCCAUUUAGGCCCAAGUAUACAGCUACAGGAUUUGACUUUGUAGUAGUCAGAGGUCUAAGAAGUCCUUUCUCCCCACAGAGAAAAUGCCCUGCUGGUUCCUAACAUUCUAUUCUAGUGUAAUAGCUAUUCAGUAUACACUUCUCAGUAAAUUGGUUGCAUGUUUACUGUGUGCUGAACACAUCUAGAUUUUUGUUUGUUUGUUUGUUUAAAGACAAAAGUCCCAUUAUAAAUCAAGUUCAGCCCUGCCCUGAGAGAAAAGGUACACAGGGAGAUUGCAGAUCUUACUGACUCUGCCUUCAGCAGUGUUUCUGAGGCUCCUACCGUAUGGGAUUCCAAGAGCCAAAGGAGUCAAGAAUUCCCCAGAUACACAGGAGUUCAUUCGGAUCCCUUGGUUUCACAUGUGAUCAUGUGAGCCUGAGAACACACCAGAAACAUCAGAACAAGGGCCAGAGCAGGAGAGUGAAAAUAAAUGAAGACACUUAGAGGUGUACUGAGUGGAAGAAUAGCCAGAGUCCAUGCUGAGCUUGGUGUGGCUUUGAGGGGACCACUGAUUCAUACUUUAUGGAAGUUAAACCUGACCACUCUUCUUACAGUGACAAACCACAUCGCGUGAGUGGGUAGAACCAACGAAUCCAUUGUCUUCUGCCUGUUUUCGUGUGCCAGUCACAUUCCCUCCUUAGUCAUCUUCCCCUUCUACCCUUUAAACUAAACAAGGGAACACUGAAUCUUUCAAGGAAAUUACAUAUCUGAGUUAAUGUUUCAGUAUAUCAUUUUCAUACUGUAAAUUAUUUUGUAAGAGAGAUUUACUGCUAUCCCGAGAUGUUCGGACUUGGCUCCCCUGUGCAUUUGAAAAUCAAUAAACUAUUACUGGAAAUACCA